GCGCGCCCCAGCAGCCUUGCAGGGCCCGCCCCGGCCCCGCCCUCCAGGACGUCCCGUCGGGAAGCCGGCGAGCCGGUCGGCGGCUCGGCUGCGGCUCUGCCUUGGCGCGACAGGGCCAAUAAAAGGAGCAAAGGCGAACCCCACUGCAAAGGACCACGAGGCAAUGCCAGGAGAAAGUUGGCGUGACCUUGGUGAUUCUGAGUGAGACAAUCAGGGAGGCCUUCCUGGAGGAGGCUCAGGCUCCAAGGGGUGGCCGCCACAACGCAUCGAGCUCUUUGCAGGGUCCAGUCCAGCACUCGGAGCUGACCUAGCCGUGUCCCCGGUGGUGCCCGAGGAUGAGGCUCCUCCGCAGACGUCACAUGCCCCUGCGCCUGGCCGUGGUGGGCAGCGCCUUUGUGUUCUUCCUCUUCAUCCUGCAGAGGGAUGUAAGCAGCAGGGAACAGGCCAUGGAGAAGCCAUGGCUGAAGUCCUUGGUGAGCAAGAAGGAUCACGUCCUGGACCUCAUGAUGGGGGCCGUGAACAACCUUCGGGAUUCGAUGCCCAAGCUCCAGAUCAGGGCUCCAGAGCCCCAGGGGACACUAGUCUCCACAAACCAGUCCUGCCUCCCCGGGUUCUAUACUCCAGCUGAGCUGAAGCCCUUCUGGGAACGGCCACCACAGGACCCCAGUAGCCCUGGGGCGGACGGGAAAGCAUUUCAGAAGGACAAGUGGACCCCGCAGGAGACCCAGGAAAAGGAAGAGGGCUACAAGAAGCACUGUUUCAACGCCUUUGCCAGUGACCGGAUCUCCCUGCAGAGGGCCCUGGGGCCGGACACUCGGCCACCUGAAUGUGUCGACCAGAAGUUCCGGCGCUGCCCCCCACUGCCCACCACCAGCGUCAUCAUCGUGUUCCACAAUGAGGCCUGGUCCACGCUGCUGCGGACGGUGUACAGCGUCCUACACACCACCCCUGCCAUCCUGCUGAGGGAGAUCAUUCUGGUGGAUGAUGCCAGCACUGAUGAAUACUUAAAGGAGCAACUGGAGCAGUACGUGAAGCAGCUGCAGGUGGUGAGGGUGGUGCGGCAGAAGGAGCGGACGGGGUUAAUCACUGCCCGACUGCUGGGAGCCAGCGUGGCACAGGCAGAGGUGCUCACCUUCCUGGACGCCCACUGUGAGUGCUUCCAUGGCUGGUUGGAGCCCCUUCUGGCUCGCAUCGCCGAGGACGAGACAGCGGUGGUGAGCCCAGACAUCGUCACCAUCGACCUUAACACUUUCGAGUUCUCCAAGCCGGUCCAAAGGGGCAGAGUCCACAGCCGUGGCAACUUUGACUGGAGCCUGAGCUUCGGCUGGGAGGCUCUGCCUCCGCAUGAGAAGCAGAGGCGCAAGGAUGAGACCUACCCCAUCAAAUCCCCGACGUUUGCUGGUGGCCUCUUCUCCAUCUCCAAGUCCUACUUUGAGCACAUCGGUACCUAUGAUAAUCAGAUGGAGAUCUGGGGAGGGGAGAACGUGGAAAUGUCCUUCCGGGUGUGGCAGUGUGGAGGCCAGCUGGAGAUCAUCCCCUGCUCUGUGGUAGGCCACGUGUUCCGUACCAAGAGCCCCCACACCUUCCCCAAGGGCAUCAGUGUCAUUGCUCGCAACCAAGUGCGCCUGGCUGAGGUCUGGAUGGAUGGCUACAAGGAGAUUUUCUACCGGAGAAAUAUGCAGGCAGCAAAGAUGGCCCAAGAGAAAUCCUUUGGUGACAUUUCGGAGCGACUGCAGCUGAGGGAACGACUACACUGUCACAACUUCUCCUGGUUCCUGCAAAACAUCUACCCAGAGAUGUUUGUCCCUGACCUGAAGCCCACCUUCUAUGGAGCCAUCAAGAACCUCGGCAUUGAUCACUGCCUGGAUGUGGGUGAGAACAACCAUGGAGGGAAGCCCCUCAUCAUGUACACCUGCCACGGCCUUGGCGGCAACCAGUACUUUGAGUACACAACCCAGAGGGACCUUCGCCACAACAUCGCAAAGCAGCUGUGUCUACAUGCCAGUGCUGGCACUCUGGGCCUUAGGAGCUGUCACUUCACUGGCAAAAAUAGCCAAGUCCCCAAGGACGAGGAAUGGGAAUUGACUCAGGACCAGCUCAUCAGGAACUCAGGAUCUGGUACCUGCCUGACGUCUGAGGACAAAAAGCCAGCCAUGGCCUCCUGCAAUCCCAGUGACCCGCACCAGCACUGGCUCUUCAUCUAGGCCCUGGAUCACGCCCCGUGGGAGUUCCCACAAGCUACUCAGGAAACAGGAUUUUUGGGAAUCUGAUCAUGAGCUUCUCUGUAGGCCUUAAAGAUGGAUUUCUAAACCCAGUGGAUGUCAAGGCAGGACCUUUCUACUCCUUGCAACAACACUGGACCGAUUUUCUUUCCUCCAUAUUGAUGGAAGGGACCAUUAGAAUACAUUAUACUUGGCCUAGAGCUUUCCUUCUCUCCUAGAAACAGAGACUUCCAAAGCCAAGAAGGCAGCUGGGAUAGGGCCCAGGGCAGCAAUGCUGAAUUCAAGAAAAGCACCUCUGUAGCCACGUCCUGGGUCCCUGGUCAUCUAGAGCACCCGCAGAAUCUGGUGAAAUAGUCUAUUCUAGCAGAGAGACCAGAGGUCUAAGAGAGGCUUGCCACUAUUCCCGGAAGUUCAUAGAGCCAGUUACAGUCUACAGAAAGCACGCUGACAGGAAUCCUUUACCUCACUUCGUCUGCACAAUAAUCCUGUGAGAAAGCCAGGAAGCACCAUGCCCGUGUUACAGAUACGAAAGCUGAGGCGGAGAGGGGCAAAGGAGCUUGUCUGUAGUCCCGCAGCUGGUGCAUGGCUGGAGCAAAGAUUGAGCCUCAGGCUUGAAUGCUGAAUCAGGGCUCCUUCCACCACACCACAAGAACACUAGACAACUAGCUAUCAGCCUUGCCGUUCCCUCGACCCCCUAUUCUGAUCAUUUCUGUCUGGCUGGUCUCCAUAAAGCCUAAACAAUGGGGCCAGAUAGCCAUGAGGGAGACCACAUUUGGGAAUCCUAGGAUGUGAGUGUUGAAAGAAAGCUCACGGAUCCAGUGAUUCUCAGGUUUAAGCCCCGAAACUGUUUUUCUCAAUGCCUCAAAUGUAAUGUAAUUAAAAGGCAAAGUAGCUAUGGGUGAAAUUGAGGGUGGGGGAGGGCAAUGCCUACCAACCACUGAACUUCUAAGGUCCAUAAGCUCAAUUUGAAAACCGUGUUUUAGUCCAACCCUAUCAUUUUUAUAUUAUGAAACUGAGGUCAGAUAAGUGAAGUAAUUUGGGCAAGGUAUUGGCAGCCUUGAGGCUGAGACCCGGGUAAGGCUAAUAAGAGUCCUGGGAAGUCUGAGGAGGCAGGGGCGAGCGUGUGGAGUCGAGCAUGACUGGCCUUGUCUGCUGUGCUCUCGUGAUGUCCCCACAUGGAACAGACCUGACACGCAUGUCAGCUCUUCAAGCAAGUCGGACCCCAGCGCACAGGACUGCUUUGCCUGACACAGACACUAGCUGCCUGGAGGAGGGCUCACAUUCCUUCCAGGCGGGCUUCCGACUUUCAGUAGCAGGCUGUCAUCUUGGGCAUCACCACAUGAGGGUGCCGUGGGAUCACAGCUGCCUGUCCUGGCACAACUCAACACUAUAGGAGGUCUCCUGGGCCCCUGAGGGCCUUCAGGACCCCAGAGAGGAAAGAUUCUGGGGGAGCCCUGCCAGAGGGGGAAGAGAGAGCAGCCAGGAUGUGACCUGGAGUGCGGAAAGGGAAAAGUUCUCUCCUGGAAAGAGAAGAAAAUUGGACAUGAGAUCCCAGGGGAAAUAAAGGUUGUAUGGCAUUGGUAAAGGAA